ACCGAUUGCUUAGUGCUAUCGUUAUUAUUCUGCAUAUCUUUCUCUUCUGCGUUUUUCGUCAGUGUAAAGUGCAUAAAAUUGUUUCAUUUGUGCUAUAAUAAUAGAGUUUAAGUUCAAAUAGUUGCCUAACGAAAUGUCGUUUACGGGAAAAUUAGCCGAACUGCUAGCUCGGCCAAAUCAAGAGCAAGUUGGCGCUCCAGAAGCACCUUGGUAUCUCAAAUAUGGUUCACGGCUGUUGGGCAUUGUUUCUGGAUUCUUUGCCAUACUCUUUGGUCUGUGGAACGUUUUGUCAAUCAUUGGACUCAGCGUGACAUGCCUCGUCGCGGGCAUUAUACAAAUACUUGCAGGCUUUGUGCUAUUGGCGUUGGAAGCGCCGUUUUGUUUUAUCUGCAUUGAGAAAGUCAAUGAUAUAUCGCAAAUGAUGGAUGCCAAGCCCUUGUUCUUUCGGGCGGGCCUAUACUGCGCCAUAGCAGUGCCGCCAAUAUUUUUGUGCUUUGGGCCUGCGAGUGUCUUUGGCAGCGGCAUGGUCUUUGCCACCGGCGUUGUUUACGGCAUGAUGGCGUUAGGCAAAAAAGCUUCGCGCGAGGACAUGGCCGCUGCGGCCACAUCGCCCACACAAAUGUCCGGCAGCCAGACGGGCGGACAAAUGCAAAUGGGCGGCGAUCAGCAUAUCACACUCAUGGAAGAUCCCGAUGUUUGGCGUCCAACAUAAAUGCUCUAGCAAAAUGCAUAAACUGCCAAAAAAUGAACGUUAAAGCAUAAACAAACCAAUUACAAACACACACACGCCCAAUACACAUCACACAGUUAGACAAGGAAAUAUCAUAAUGAAAUAUAAUGAGUAACAAAUAUUUUACGACGCAUAGUUUUUAGUGUUCGUUCCAAUUAAAAGUAUAUAUAAAUAUAUAUACAUAUGCAUAUAUGUAUAUAUAUAUAAACAAUGAAUACAGCAUAGUGCCGCGCAGAGAUCAUAUUGUAGUCUCACAAUAUUGAACACAGAAUACAGAAUUACAAAAACACCCCACCAAUUGAAAAAGAAAGAAACUUUUCGUAAUUGUUGUUACUAAAAACAAGCAAAACAAAAAAGAAAUGUUGAUAAAAUGUUGCGCAAAUGCAUUUUCUCUAUUUUCUUGGUCAUUGUUCGUCCUGUGCAUGUAGUUGCAUUUCUCCAGUUUGAAAUGUCCUGUGGCGUUUUUCGAAAAAUAAAUACAGUUAAAUAUGCAAAUAUAUAAUAUAUAUAUUACUAACAUGUACAAUUUAUUUUUAAUGAAAACUCAUAUUGAUAAUAAACGACACGCUAAACAGCUUCCACACGGCUAUAGAACAAAUUACCUGCAACAUAAGAAAGACGAUGUCAAGAAUCGUAGAGCAAUAUAAAAAA